CGAGCGCCACCGUCGUAGGCGCACCCCUUUGCGGACGUCACCUUGCAGGGCGUGGCACUUCCUGGUUUCCGUUGUGUUGUACUUUCUAGGCUACUGAUUGAUUGGAGGAAUGAUACAUUUACCCCUGCGGCGACACUUGGUCGGACCGAUUCGUUUAGCGUUUACUCUUCUCGGACUCCCGCAUACCGUCUGGACCUCCGGAGUAAGGCCUGCUAUUUCCUGCCCUUCUUCUUACCCCUUCCCAACCAGUAAAACCAUCAGCGCUGACAACACUAGUUACUGCCGCCGGCACUCGACCAUGCCAUCUUCAGUAGGGCCUCAUGUAAAGUCCAGAUGCCCACAGUAUCCAGGGUCCAAUAUCAAGCGCUUGUCUGUGCCUGAUGACAAGGUGGACUGGACUCAGAAGUGGCCCGAGUAUAAUCCAGUCAGCUACACGGCCCCUUCAGUUUUAAAUAACCCAGCCUGGGCGGAUCCUGAUAUUGGCUCCUCUCCAAAGUUUAACACUGUGGAUGGUGCUGUGGACAGGACGAGCUUUGAGGGAAGCUAUAAAGUGGAAAAUGGAAAACCGCUAAAUCCUUGUGGACGCACAGGGUUGGCAGGCAGAGGGUUGCUAGGACGAUGGGGACCCAACCAUGCAGCAGAUCCAAUAGUCACCAGAUGGAAGGUAGAUGUCAAAGGGGCAAAGAUUCACCACUCAGUCUCCCAAAAGCCUGUUCUGCAGUUUGUGUCUAUCAAGAGGAAGGACUGUGGGGAGUGGGCCAUUCCUGGGGGCAUGGUAGAUCCAGGCGAGCAGGUUUCUCUCACACUGCAGCGGGAGUUCUCAGAAGAAGCAUUGAACUCGCUCUCUAGUUCCCCAGCAGAGAGAGCGGAAAUCCAUCAGCGCAUCACCAAUCUCUUCAAAUCGUCAGGAUUUAUGGUCUAUAAGGGCUAUGUCGAUGAUCCCAGAAACACUGACAAUUCCUGGAUGGAGACGGUUGCUGUCAACUUUCACGAUGACUUAGGUAACAGCGUGAGCGAGCUGCCACUGGAAGCUGGUGAUGACGCCGGACAGGUCCAGUGGGUUGACCUUGACUCAUCUUUCCCCCUUUAUGCGAACCACUCCCAUUUCCUGGAGAUUAUUGCCAAAGAGAGGAAAGCGCACUGGUAGCCAAAAACGAAUGAAUGCUUUAAGAGAGAAGGAAACUUAAAAGCCUUACAGCCCCUUGGUGUGGUGAGAGGGCUCAUCAACUGAAGUAGCAUGGCAUUUUAUGUGAGCCUACUUACACUGAUUGAUGUACAAAACCCUAACACAUAUUAAUUUAUAUUAAAACUCCCAAAGAUGUACUCUGCAGUUUAAAAGAGAUAGCCUGCUAAGCAUGCUGUUUGAGAUACUAAAAGAGAACUAUUGUACAUUUAGAUUAAACCCUUUGACUGACUGCUUCCAAGAUAGUAAAAAUAAGCCUGUAAGAACAAGAGGAAGCACAGAUUAUGCUAAUGUAUUCAAUGCUAACAAGUAUCACAUUAACCAAACACAAUGAUCUCCCGAACAUAACAGUACUACUAAAUUAAUGGAAGGGGAGAAAUCAGAAUAAAGAAGUGGAAUCUGGCUUUGAUCUUUACAUGUGAAAAGGAUAUGAUGAUGGUGAUGCGCAGGAGCAGACAUGGUUUCGAGUGGCAACAGACGGUGGAUGUAAAACAGCAUUUUGCAAUCAGCAGGCUGCCUUUCCAAAUGUACACAUCAAAACGUGUCAUCUCACAGGUCGGGAUACUUAUCAGGGAGGCAGUGAUGAAUUAUGCAUGAAAGAUCUUGAAAUCUGUGUGAGACAAACACUAACACCUCUGUUAUUUAAAGGUACUGCAGAAUGGAGGGUCCCAAAAUGAAUCGAAUAAAUACAUCAUUAAUUAUGUCAAUAAUGGGUUCAAAUUGGAAAUGCAUUAAUUGUUUUUA